GCCUCCUCUCGAACAGGUGACGACACCAGUGUCACCCUCUCGUGAUUUCAUAGAUUUCAUAAUACGCCAUUUUCUUUGUGUGUGCAACUUGUGGUGUUCGAAGAGCUGAGAUAAAUUCAUCGAAUAAUAAUUCCAUUUCGUUUCAAGAAUUUUAAUCAUGGCCUCACGAAAGAAAGUACUGCUCAAAGUCAUCAUCCUGGGAGAUUCCGGAGUGGGUAAAACAUCCCUCAUGAAUCAGUACGUCAAUAAGAAGUUUAGUAAUCAGUAUAAAGCAACUAUUGGAGCCGAUUUUCUCACCAAGGAAGUUAUGGUCGAUGAUAGGAUAGUUACCAUGCAGAUUUGGGACACUGCGGGACAAGAGAGAUUCCAAUCACUAGGUGUUGCAUUCUACAGAGGCGCUGACUGCUGCGUUUUAGUGUUUGAUGUUGCUGCACCCACAUCCUUCAAGUCCCUUGACUCAUGGAGAGAUGAAUUUCUCAUUCAAGCAUCGCCGAGAGAUCCAGACAAUUUUCCGUUCGUCGUUUUGGGAAAUAAAGUUGAUCUCGAAAAUAGAGCGGUAUCGAAUAAGAGAGCGCAACAGUGGUGUCAAUCGAAAAACAAUAUCCCCUACUUCGAGACGAGUGCAAAGGAGGCUAUCAACGUGGAACAGGCAUUCCAGACGAUAGCGAAAAAUGCUCUUGCCCAAGAGAGUGAAGUGGAGCUUUAUAACGAAUUCCCCGACCAGAUUAAACUCACCAACGACCAAAGGACCAAUGGAAAGGGUGAUUCAUGUGCUUGCUAGGGUGACAAAGCCAGGAGGUGUCAUGAAUUUAAUAAAAGCUGGAACAUAAUAACUAUUUAAAAAAUCAUUACAAAAAUCCAAAAAAGAUUGAAUAACGAUAACGCCGGUCAGAUCGUACGCUUCUGGAGAAUCUUUAUGGAUUUCUGGCGUUGGGAUAAUGUCAGAGCUUACGAAAAAACAGAUCAGUCGCUCUCUGACCGAGCCCAUCGGUGACGAAGCGGUGAAAUGGUUCAUGUUGAUUUGACUUGACUAAGUUUUUGGGGAAUCACUUUAACUCUGAAGGAAACAGAUGGAUUUUUGGUAUAAACUUUUUUGUACAUCUUAAUUAGUUCUACAACUAGGGUUUCACAUAAAUUUGUCUUGUUGCCUUCGAUUUCAAGAUAUUCAGCAAAAACUGACUUAUAGUAGAAAUCGACAGUAAGUGUUUCAUUGCUUCGGUAUUGGAAUUAAAUCAUUGAAACAGCCAGGACGGAGAAAAAUGACACAUCUUUCAUGGAAUUCAAAUAUGAAAUCUGAGAGGAGGAUGAAACAAAUCAAUUAUUAUUUUUUCGGAGGUUUGAAUCCAGGCAUUAAUCAGCGGAUUAUCUCUCUGAUGUCAUUGUGUUAUUGAUACAUUUUUUUUUAUUGGAGAGACAACUAAAUUGGAUGGAUUAUUGCGAACUAAAAAUGAGACGCUUGUGGCACAAUUCGAAAAAGAAAAGUCGUAGAGAAAUCUAGUGAAUUAGAUAGAAAAUUUGAUUGGAUUUUCUGUGAAAUUCUAUUGUAAAUCCUAGAGUUCUUUUACGUUCCUUUAACAGGAAAUUUAUUAUGGAGAUUAUUUUAUUUAUAAAAAUUGUAGAGAAUUUCAUUCUUUACCAUUUUCAGUAGAACUUUUUCAGCAUGAAUUUUCGUUUUUGUUCACUCUAUUUUUCUCCCCUUUUUAUUUGGAAAUCACAUAAUAAUUCGGAAAAAAAUAUAUAGUAAAAACUGCAACUACAUAAAUUGUACAUAAAUCCAAUAAAUUUUUCCGACAAAUUCAA